CAGAGAGAAAGAGAGGAAAAGCCAUGGAGCUUCUAUUGCUUCUUGUUAAGAUCAUCAUCACAAUCGCCUUGCUUGGGUUGGUUACCACGCUAAUGAAGAUGUGUGAAACUCUAAUAUUGAAGCCAAAAAGGCUUCGAGCAAUGCUGAGAAAACAGGGGAUCAGAGGCCCUCCACCCUCUUUUUUGAUUGGAAAUAUUGCUGAAAUGAAGAAGAAGAUGGAAUCCUCAGCCUCAAAGGAUCAACAAAAAAGGGAGCAAGCAAUAACCCACAAUUGCUCUUCUGCAAUCUUUCCAUACUUCGACGAAUGGAGAAAAUCAUAUGGUAAAACGUUUAUGUUCUCCCUUGGCAACAUACAAAUGCUGCACAUGAGCGAUCCUGAGGUGGUGAGGGAAAUAAGCAUAUGCAAGUCCUUAGACAUUGGAAAGCCUUCUUUUGAAGGCAAAGCGGUUGAUCCUCUGCUUGGCCAAGGGAUCCUGACUUCAAAUGGGGCAAAAUGGGCUCACCAGAGGAAAAUCCUUGCUCCCGAACUAUUCGUGGAGAAGAUCAAGGGCAUGAUGAAGAUAAUGGUGGAGUCCUCGAUGACAGUGGUGAACUUAUGGAGGAUAGAAUGUGAGGGUGGAGUUGCAGACGUUCACAUUGAUGAAUAUAUGAAAACCAUUUCGGGAGAUGUAAUAACAAGAGCCUGUUUUGGGAGCAACUAUUCCCAAGGGAAAGAGAUAUUUUCAAAGCUUGACGCACUUCAAGUGCUCCUGUCUAAAAGUUUAAUCAAGAUUGGCAUUCCUGCACUGAGGUAUCUUCCAACUAAGGGUAACAGGGAAGUGUGGAGGCUAGAAAAAGAGAUUCGAGCUUUGAUUCUCAAGGUAGUAAAGGAAAGGAAGGAAGAAGCAUCAGGGAAUGAUUUGUUACAUACGAUCCUUGAAGCUGUCACCGACAGUGACUUUUCUCAAGAUGAGACAGAUCAGUUCAUUGUAGACAAUUGCAAGAGCAUAUACUUUGCUGGGUACGAGACUACUUCUGGCUCCGCCACGUGGGCACUGAUGUUGUUGGCCUCAAAUCCAGAAUGGCAAGCCAGAGUUCGUGCCGAAGUGCUCCAAGUUUGCGGUGGUCAAAUGCCUGAUGCUGACAUGCUUCGCAAGAUGAAAGUAUUGACGAUGGUAAUUCAUGAAUCAUUGCGACUUUAUCCUCCAGCCCCACUGGUGUCCAGAGAGGCAUUGAAAGACUUAAAAUUCGGAGAUAUUCAGGUGCCUAAGGGUUUCAAUGUCUGGACCUUGUUGGUAACCUUGCACCAAGACCCUGAUAUUUGGGGACCCGAUGCCAAGGAGUUCAACCCUGAAAGGUUUGCUAAUGGAGUCACUGGUGCGUGCAAGUUCCCUCAUGCCUACAUGCCUUUUGGAUUUGGAUCACGUAAGUGUUUGGGGCAAAACUUUGCCAUGGUAGAGCUCAAAAUUAUUAUAGCUCUAAUUGUCUCCAACUUCUCAUUCUCCUUGUCACCAAAAUACAGGCACUCCCCGGAAUUAACUUUGGUCAUAGCGCCUAAACAUGGUGUCAAUCUCCUUAUUAAGAGCUUGUGAGAUAUUGGAGUAUAUGUGUAUAUCUCCAUUCUAGUUUACAUUUCUGCAUGUUUAAUUUUCUUUUUCGAGUCCAAGUUGUCAACGAAUUGGUGUAGAAGAUUUGGGUAAUUCAAUUCAAGAAGAGCUCCAUUCAGCAUGGAAGAAUCCAAUUCAAUUCCCAAAGGAGUCAACCAAGUGCAAGGGUGCUUAUAGGAUUACCCAAUGUGCAUCCAACUGCUACGUGUCUUUGUUGUUUUAGUGUACAUUUAUCUAGACAAAUUAUAUAAAGUCAUGUGCUCUUUUUAUCAAUUAAGCAUUCAA